AUGUCUAAUCUAGUUAUUGUUUUCGACUUUGACAAAACCAUCAUUGAUUGCGAUAGUGAUAACUGGGUUGUCGAUGAAUUGGGUUUCACCGAUUUGUUCAAUCAGCUUCUUCCCACAAUGCCUUGGAACUCCCUUAUGGAUAGGAUGAUGAAGGAGCUUCAUUCGCACGGUAUUACAAUUCAAGAGAUUGAAAAUGUUCUUCAUAGGAUUCCGAUUCAUCCCAGAAUCAUACCUGCUAUUAAAUCCGCACAUGCUUUAGGAUGUGAUUUGAGGAUUGUGAGUGAUGCCAAUGUGUUCUUCAUUGAAACUAUUUUAAAGCAUUUGGGUAUAAGUGAAUGCUUUACAGAGAUUAACACUAAUCCAGGUUAUGUUAAUCAACAAGGAAGAUUAACAAUUUUGCCUUAUCAUGACUUCAAUAAGGCUUCACAUGGCUGCAAUCUCUGCCCUCCAAAUAUGUGCAAGGGCUUAAUCAUUGAUAGAAUUCAAAAUACAGUUUGUGAAGUGGAUAACAAGAAGUUCAUCUACCUUGGUGAUGGUGCUGGUGAUUACUGUCCUAGUUUGAGGCUUAGAGAAAGAGACUUUGUGAUGCCAAGGAAGAAUUUUCCAGUAUGGGAUUUGAUAUGCAAAGAUCCUUCGCUUGUUAAGGCUGAAAUCCAUGAUUGGUGUGAUGGAGAAGAACUUGAACAAGUUUUAAUGAAGUUGAUCAACAAGAUAAUGAUUGAAGAAAAUGCUAAAUUCAUUUCAAGUGAUUGCAAGCUACAGACUCUAUCAAUUCCUGUCUUUGAAACCUUGCCUAAACCUCUCUCAGUUAGACCAUAG